CGCUCCCGCAUAUCGCGUAGCCCGCCGUAUGAACACCCGCGACCCGCGAGGGCAUCGCAAAUCGCAAUUCAGUAUUCUCGAAUUUCCAUAUUGGUAUAUUAAUACCUCACCGCGCGACUUAUCUUACCGCACAACUUAAAAAUUUGGCCGUUGUAUAUUGACUCUCGCUUGAGGGCAGAUGCCAGAUAUAAGAAAGAAGAAAAAAGCAGCCGUAUGAGUUAAUGGUGGUGUGAAGGAUCACAAUAGAGUCAGUGACAACCAAUUCCCGACGAUUUUUCACGUCGUGUGCUGAGAACGAGCGAAUAAGAAGGGGAGGAAAGGACGCCGUGGCGAUGCUGAAUCAGGCGGUGGUCGAAGCGCUCUAUUCGGCGACGUAUAUCGAGAACUACCUGGACUGUGUGGAAAAUUUGCCGAAUGACUUGCAGAGGCACGUCUCCCGACUACGCGAAUUGGAUGCCACUUGUCAAACAUAUCUACACGAAGUGGAUCAGCAACAGGAGGUAUUGCGGAACGACGUGGAUCCUGCGAUUAAAAGGAGAGCAUUGUUGAGAGUUCAGCAGGCCUUGAUUGCAGCACAAGAGAUAGGAGAUGAGAAAUUGCAGAUUGUCCAGCAAGUUCAAGAUCUUAUAGAGAACAAAUCCAGGCAGUUAGAUGUAGAUUAUCGAAACUUAGACUUUGGAAAGGAGCAAGAGAGCUCCGAGUCGGUGCGCGAAUCAAAUAUAAACAGCAAUUCGAAUAAUGCAAGCCACGCAAACAACUCGGAACGUCAGCCGAAACGUGCCAGAAGAACUAGGACCGAGACCUUGAUAGAGUCGACUCAUUCAAUGGACAUGAUGGUCGGAAUGACGGAGACGAGGUCCUCGGCAUUAUCUAAUACGAGUAAUGGAAAUCAGAAAAAGACGGCAGCGACGGCUACAGGUAAGAAGAAAAAGCGGAAGUCUCGGCAGGGCAAUCAACAGAACCAGCAUCGCGAGGAUACGCCACCGCCACCGGAGGACGAUCUCGCUAUAGACCCUGACGAACCGACGUACUGUCUAUGCGAUCAGAUAUCGUACGGCGAAAUGAUUCUUUGUGACAACGAUCUAUGCCCCAUCGAAUGGUUUCAUUUCUCCUGCGUUUCCUUGACGACAAAGCCAAAAGGCAAAUGGUUCUGUCCUAAGUGUCGCGGUGAUCGACCUAACGUUAUGAAACCUAAGGCGCAAUUCCUUAAAGAACUCGAGAGAUACAAUAAAGAAAAAGAGGAAAAAUCAUAGCAAGAGCAGGGUGGCGAAAGACUUAAAAAUUUCUCAAAACUUAAUUGGACUUAAUCGAGAUUCCUUUUAAUUUCGAACUUCUCAGGAAUAUUUUGUUAAAAUCUUAAAUUAUAUAAAUUGUUUUUUUUCACAAUGUUAUAACUAGAAUUCUAAUCAGAGAGUACUAUAUAUUCCUUCUAAAUUA